AUGGCAUCCCGAAUCAGAGUGAAGCUGCUGCCUAGCGCCAAAUGCUUGUUCGACGAGCCCGUUCAGGUGAUGGUGGCCGGGCUAAAAGCGAGGCAGGUGGUCACCAUGAGGGCCAGAUCCAUCAGCGAGAAGGGGGUAGUUUUCAGCUCCUCGGCCACCUACAGGGCUGAUGAUAAGGGGGAGAUCGACAUGAAUAAAGACCCCUCACUGAGCGGGAGCUACGUCGGGAUUGAACCCAUGGGUCUGCUGCGGUCAAUGAGGGCAGACACCUUGCACAAAAGGUUUCAAAUAAACAAAUCACUAAACCCCUACUUGGUGAAGUUUUCUGUGCUUGAAGAGGAGGGGGAGGGCAGACUCCUGGCAGAAGAGACUAACGAGAGGCAUUUAAUGGGAGAGGGAGUCACCCGGCUCCCAAUCAAAGAGGGGAAUAUUCGUGGAGUCCUGUUCACUCCUCCAGGACGAGGUCCAUUCCCUGCUGUAUUGGAUCUGCACACUUUAGGGGGAGGUUUAUCAGAGAAAAGAGCUUCUCUGCUGGCCAGUCGAGGAUUUGUGGUUCUGACUAUAGCUGCGUUUGGCUUUGAUGACAUGCCGAAGAGCAUCAAGGAGGUCCAUCUGGAUUAUUUUGAGGAGGCAAUGCAGUUCUUAAAAAACCUUGAUAAGGUGGGCAGUGAAGGAGUUGGUGUAUUAUCCCUUUCAAAAACUGGAGAUGUUGCACUUUCAAUGGCCUCUUACCUGGCAGGUAUUGAUGCUGUAGUGUGGAUUAAUGGCUGCUGUGCCAACACAGCUCUCCCCCUCUACUAUAAGAAAAACCUACUUCACCCUGCGUUAAUGUCUGACAUCAGCAAAGUGAUUCACACUGAGUCAGCGGCCGACAUAUUCAAGUAUUGUAAUAAUGAUCCUUUGGCAGAGGAGAACCGGGCCACCCUGAUCCCCAUUGAAAAAGCAGAGUCCCAUUUUCUCUUUGUGGCUUCAGAAGACGACCUCAACUGGGACAGCAAGGCUCACAUGGAUGAGUUGGUGGAGAGAUUGAAGCGUCAUGGGAAGGAGAACUUUGAAAGUGUGUGUUACCCUGAAGCAGGACAUUUCUUAGAGCCACCUUAUGGACCCUACUGCCCCUCCAGCUUCCAUUGGGUUGCAGGCAAGCCAGCCAUGUGGGGCGGUGAGCCCAGAUCCCACACAGCUGCUGAAGUCCACUUGUGGAAGAAGAUCCAGGAGUUCUUCAGAUCUCACCUGAGCUGUAACGCUACAGCCAGGUUAUAG